ACAAGCCCACCCUUCCCGAGCUACACCAGGAACAGACGAGGUUUGGCGGAAAGGACGAGGGGGCAGCCACCCCAGUCUUGCGUUUCAGCUGGGAGACAAACCUUGCGGCUAAGGAGCAACCGAGCGGCGCACCCAGCAGCGGGCAGCCAGGAGAGAGGCUGCUGCUCUAGUGUUGAGGUGGCCAGCCGGGUAGGCAGCUUGGAGGCCGCCUUGGGCGUCUACUGAGUGGAGAGACUGGCUGGGUGGAAGAAGAGAUGUCUGUAGAAAUCCAACAGGUGCCCGGGCCUCCUUGCUGGCUUGCUUGCCAGUGCUGAGGGAGGGGACUGACAGCAGGGUGUUUCCUGCCCCCACCUGAGAUGUUGCUCCCGCUUGCUAGUUCCUCCAGCUGUCACUAGGCCUGGCGUGGGGCUCCCCGCCGCCACUGACAUGGCUUCCUCCUGCAGCAGCAGCAGCAGUAUUAUCAUUUUGGAUGAAGAUGAUGACGGUCCCCCUCCUCUUCUGGCCCCGCCUGUGCCAAAUGCAGAGCCUGGUCCCAGCAGUGCUCCUCUCCUGGAGUCAUCUGUGCCUCCACCUCAGGCUAAGGGCAGCUCAUGUCCAAAGGCCACUGUUGUGGGAAAGGACCCUGCCAGCCUCAAAGCAGAGAAUGACCGCCUCUUUGCAGAGUUUGUUGCCUUCUGCUCACAGCACACCAAGGAGCACCCGGAGGUGAUGCCCUUCCUGGCUGGCCGGCACGAGAAGACCAGCCCGGAGUUCCUGGCCUCGGUGGAGUUCCGCAACGUGCUGGGCCGCUGCCUGACGCGGGUGCAGGCCAAGCGCAGCAAGGUCUACGUCUAUAUUAAUGAGCUUUGCACUGUCUUCAAGGCCCACUCUCAGAAGAAGAGGCAUCAGCUGGCUUGCAGCACCCUCGAAGGCUCCCCUGCCCCCUCGGACCCUUCCGAGCCGGAGCCACGUAGCAGCAGCGGAGUCAGCAGCGGUGGUGGCGGCUCCAAGCGGCAGAUCCGGUACCUGGAGAACCUGCUGCGGAUCUACGCAGUGGAGAUCCGUCGCCUGCAGGAGCAGGAGCUGAACCUGGAGGAGCUGGAUGACGGCGAUUCGGCGUACCUGCAGGAGAGCCGCCUGAAGCGGCGGAUGAUGCGGAUCUUUGAGCGCCUCUGUGAGUUGAAGGACUGCAACAGCCUGACCGGGCGUGUCAUUGAGCAGCGCAUCCCCUACCGCGGGACCCGCUACCCAGAGGUCAACCGCCGCAUCGAGCGCCUCAUCAACCACCCCGAGGCCUUCCCGGACUACAACGACAUCCUCAAAGUAGUGCAGAAGGCAAGCACCCGGCACAGCCUGGGCCUGGCGAAACGUCAGAUGGAGAGCAUGGCGGCCGACGCUUUCCGGGAAGUGGGCAACCGCCUGCAGGAGCGGCGCCACCUGGACCUGAUCUACAACUUUGGCAGCCACCUCACCGACCAGUACCGGCCCAAUGCUGACCCGGCACUGACAGACCUGGAGCUGGCCCGGCGCUUGCGGCACAACCGUGAGCUGAGCCUGCAGCGCCUGGAGCAGGUGAUGUCCCAGUACGCCCACCUGCAGGACGAGAGCGAAGAGGCCGAGUGGCGGCGGAAGCGGGUGCCCCCGACUGCAAGCGGAGCCGCCGGCCAAGAGCAGGGGGAGCCGGCCUCUCCCAAGGAGCCUGGCUCAGCAGCCGCUGCCGCCGGAGAGGGCAGCCCAAAGGGGGCAAAUAAAGAGGCGUCUUUGGCAGAUGAUGAAGAGGAGGAUGAGGAGGAUGAAGAAGAUGAGUCCUUGUCUUCUGAGACAGACAUGGAGGCAGAGCUGGAGAAGAGCCUGGAGUGUGGGGAGGAUGAAGAGGGCCCUCUGCCAGAGGAGGACCCCCCGGCCCAAGAGGUGGAAGCCGACCAGCUCAUGGAGCUGGAGACACCCGAGCUCAUACUAUCAUCCUCUGCAGAAGAGGAUCUGGAUGAGGAGGAGGAGGAGGAAGACGAAGAGGAGGAGGAAGACAACAAUGACAAUGGUGGCAGCGAAGAACAAGAGGAUGGCCCAAAGGGUGUGAGGCAGCUGUCUCUGGAGCCUAGUUCGCCUGGCAAGGCCCCCACUCUCAGCAGUCCCCCCUCCCAGCAAUUUCUGCUGGAGAUUGAGGCGGCCUUGACCCUGGAGGCUGCUGAGACCCCGCCUCCCUCCCCGCAGCCGGCCUCCUCCCCACUGUAUCGGACUGAGCAGGGGGGCAGCUUCCCUGUCUCUUUGCCUGAGCGGAAGGUGCCGCCACCUGUCAAGCGUAGCCACUCCCUGGAGAACGGGGGCCCCCAUGGGCUGGAUGUCACCACCAUCUGUGAAGUUAAUGGGCAGCCCCCCAGCAAGAGGGGCAGGCAGGAGCUACGUGUUUCCAAUAGUAGCUGCAUCGAGGUGCCCAGCGCCGGCUCAUCUGACGAGGAUGGGGAAGGACUCCCCAGCCCCUUCUCUCCACAGAGCCCGGCCCCCGUCGCCGACUCCACCUGUGCCGACUCCCCCAGCCUGGGCCUGGUCAGCAGCUCACAGGGCAGUCCUCAGCACCAGCCACAGUGGGCCUGCCUCACCAAGACCAGCGUGGCAACCCAGUGCGACCCAGAAGAGAUCAUCAUCCUUUCGGACUCUGAUUAGCCUUGUGCUACAGCAGAUGUUUAUUUGGGGGGGGCAGGGAGGGGGCUGUGGUUUUGUGGACUCUAGGGAGCUUUUUGGUGUCGCAUGGGGGCGGAGGUGGGGCAGAGUGUGUUCUGGGUGGUGCUGGGUGAGGGGUGGCUGGUGGGCUAUUUACUUAUGCCUCAUCCUCUUGGGAGUUGUUUUUUCAAAGUUGGAAAAAAAUUAAAAUAAAAUAUUUUUGUUUAUUGAG